AUGGCCGGUCAACAAAAGCUCAACGGCGCCUACGCCUUCCCCGCCUCGUCAACAAAAUCCGCCGGUUCAAGUGCCGACGUCGUUCCUGAAAACCUCUACCACACGACCCUGACGGUAAUCGACUACCACGCCAUGACCUGCGGCGCCAUCAACUGCCUGCACGUCCUAGCCACUCACACCACCUCACACGCCGCCAAGGCCUUUGCCUACCACGACGCCCUGCGAUCUCUCAAUUACCAACCCUCCGACUUUGAAAUCUACGCCACCCGCGAGAGCAUUGACAUGCCACAAGCAGCAACAGCGUCAUCAUCAUCAACAACAACAACAACAACAACAACAACAGCAGCACCAAAGCCAACAACAGCAGCAGGGAGAGCAAAAGUUGCCGAAAGCUCCGGAGCGUACGAGAGUGGUUACACCACCGACACGUGCGCUUCCGACACCGACACGGGCGGCGGCGGCGGUCCUCCCAUCUGGCCCUACGGCGACGAAGUCCUGGCGUACGCCAAAGCGCCCGCCGGCCAGGAAUUCCUGAUCGGAGUCGUCGAGACGCCCAACACGGAGCAUUUGGCGUCUGGGGGCCCCGUGUACGGGAACACCCCCUUACUACCGCACCACCACCACAAGUCCAAGUCCAAAUCGCACAUCAAAUCGGCUUCCUCGUCCCCCAUGUCGCCCAUGUCGCCCAAAUCCGAAUCAGUACCACUCGGCUACGCAAGAUCAAUUGAGAAAGAUGAAGACCAGGAGGAAUCAAACUCAGAAGACGAAGAAGAAGAAGAACUCUCCUACGUAAUCCAGACCAAAACCGACUACAACCAAGCCCUUGGCGGAGGAGGACAGCCGCAACCCACCACGGCGCGCCCGCGCCGCCGGUCCUCCAUCACGCGGCUGUUCCAGGUCUGCGAGAUCGAGGGCUGUUUCCCGCAUAAGUCGGAGGCCAUCGACUUUGCGCGGCACUGGCUCAGCAGCAAGAAGAACUCGGGCAUGUUUGUGCAGUACGACGAGCGGGACAUGACGCCGCGGUCCGUCGCCGCCCAAAAGGAGGAAGAAGAAGAUGAGAACGAUGGACAUCAAUGGCCAUUUGGAGAAGACGUGCUUGUGCAUGCCGUAGCUGCGACGGGGGAGAAUUACUGUGUGGCGGUCAGGACGGCCGAGGGGGCUAGGGAGAGGUUUGGGAAGAAGAAGAUUGUGGCUAGAGAGGGAAGCGGGGGGAGGAAGGGGAGCGAGGAGGGAUGGGUGAGGAGUUAUUAUGAGGAUAGUCCCAAGAUUGAGACGUGA